CCCGGGCUCCCAGUUCCAACACUGCUCUGCAUUACCCGGCUUCAUUUGGCUUUUAGACACCAGGUUUGUCACUUUGACAUUACAUUUUCAUCCUUUUUGAUUUUUACACACCACCCAUUUCAUCCACAGUGACUCAAUUACCCUCCUCCACGCGAGUUUGGAUUUGUUUGCUUUCUGAAACUUUUUCCCUGCGUGUGGAUGCUGAAAUAUCCGUAACUUUUUUCUUUAAAUCAUUCCCAUUGAGAUACAGCAUCUCUCCGGGUGGCUUUCCUAAAGGGACGCUGGUGGCCAUGAUUGCAAACUGAGCUCCAAACAAAAGAGAAGUGGAAAGCAUCGCCUGCAUCCUUUCUUUUGUCUUUGUUGCAUCUCUUAAUUACAUAACUGUCUCUGGGAUGUACAAAACACUCGACAGCUAGUUUUCUCUUUUCCUCCACAAAGGAAUUAAUUUUUUUCUGCACCGAGGAACAACUAUGGCGAGACUUCUGUUGACCAUGCGUCUUUUUCUGGUUUUAUUCGGAUUAUUUUUGCUCUCUGAUCCAUGUGCAAGAGCCGAGCCGGAGCCGGAGCCGCAGGAAGAGGAGGAGGAGGAGAGUUCCUGUCAGGGAGCUUUCGACCUGUAUUUUGUGCUUGAUAAGUCUGGGAGUGUGAAGAAUCACUGGAAGGAAAUCUACGACUUUGUGGAGAAUUUAGCGGAGAAAUUCAAAAGUCCCAUGCUGAGGAUGUCCUUCAUUACGUUCUCCUCCAGAGCGUCCACCAUCAUGAAGCUGACGGAAAACAGAAUGGAGAUCAAAAAGGGUCUGAACGCUCUGGAAAAUGAGAGACCUGGUGGGGACACGUUCAUGAAUCUUGGCCUGCAGAAGGCAAACGAGCAGAUAACCCAGGAGAACUUCGGCACGGCCAGCGUGAUUAUUGCGCUGACAGACGGAGAGCUGCAGGAACAUCAGCUCAUCACCGCACAGCAGGAGGCAGAAAGAGCCAGGUCUCUCGGAGCGAUUGUGUACUGCGUCGGUGUUAAAGACUUCAACGAGACUCAGCUGGCCACCAUAGCUGACACCAUCGAGCAUGUGUUUCCUGUGCUGGGCGGCUUCCACUCUCUCCGAGGAGUCAUCGAUUCGAUCAUCAAGAAAUCCUGCAUUGAGAUUUUGGCGGCUGAGCCCUCCAGUGUGUGUGCAGGAGAGUCUUUCCAAGUGGUGGUGAGAGGGAACGGGUUCCUCCACGCCAGGAACAUCAACCAGGUGCUCUGCAGCUUCAAGAUCAACGAAACCGUCACAGUCAAUGAAAAGCCGGCGAGUGUACAAGACACAUUCUUACUCUGUCCAGCUCCUGUCAUCGAGGAACUUGGAAAGGUGAUUUAUCUGCAAGUGAGCAUGAACGACGGGCUGUCCUUCAUCAGCAGCAAUGUGCACAUCACCACCACAGAGUGUUUUGACGGGACCAUCCUCCUGGUCACGCUGCUGGUUCUCUUCCUGCUGCUCGCCCUGCUCUUCAUGUGGUGGUUCUGGCCUCUCUGCUGCACCGUGGUGAUCAAAGAACCUCCUCCUCCACCUCCUCCUGAGCCUGAGAGUUCGGAUGAUGAAGACGGCAUGCCCAAGAAGAAAUGGCCGACUGUGGAUGCCUCUUACUACGGAGGGAGAGGCAUCGGGGGGAUCAAGAGGAUGGAGGUGCGCUGGGGAGGGAAGGGCUCCACCGAGGAGGGAGCUAAGCUGGAGAAGCCGAAGAACGCCGUGGUGAAGAUGCCAGAGCAAGAGUACGAGCCGUACGAACCCAAACCGAAGAAACCUCACAACAAGAGGGCGCCUCAGGACCGGAAGUGGUACUCGCCCAUCCGGGGGAAACUGGAUGCUAUCUUGGCGCUGUUUCGCCGCGGCUACGACCAGGUGUCCCUGAUGAGACCCCAGCCCGGGGACAAUGGUCGAUGCAUCAACUUCACCAGAGUGAAAGAUGAAGCCAAGGCUGCACCGCGCACCCCGAUCCACAAACCCUCCCCCCCUGCACCGGACUACCGCCCUGUGGCCUCCCCGCUCUCCCACUGUGGCCAGCCCUCCUGCCAGAUCACCCCCGGUACCAGGACAGGUUCUCCCGGGACCACCACCAGCCCGCACUCCACCGGGGCCUCCCUGCGCACCGCCAUCGCGCCCCCCGCCCACCCUCCGACCCUGAGUCACAAACACAAACCUUUCCCACCCCCUUACGCACCCGCUUUGACGUCACAGACUUACCGCUCUGUUGGCCAGUGCUGCCAAAGAUACUCCUGCUAUACGCCAAAGAUCAGCAGUACCUUCUAUCCCAGUCUUCUUUAAUGGGAGUCAAGUCCAGCAGUCAUUUAGCAGUAUUAGUCUACGACCUAGCAUACAAACGUGGGAGAAGGAGAAUGUAUAAAUACCUUUGUCAUUAUUUUGUGCAAAAUUAAGAGUAGGUCGCCCUUCAAAUCUUGGGAAAAACCCAAGUUUGAUUUGACAUGUUGUCCCACAGUGAUUUGGGGAAAUAUAUUACUCAAUGUUGGGGGUUUGUUUGAUCACGGAUGAUUGUUGCUGGACAGCAAAGCAUGUAGGGACAGGAAGUCCAAAGAAGAGGAAUGCAAUGGAUGAUGCAAUGGAUGAAAUGUCUUUGUUGUCUUUAUCAACUACUGAGGCCAUUGAUGGAAGAGCUGAGAGAAAUGCGAGUCAGCACCUUGAGACGGACGAUUGGCUUAUUUCUCCUUUGCUGUGACGGUGAAUCAGAGGUUUUGGGAAGUAGUUUCACAGAAGUGUCUGUUUGAUAAUGGUGUUGAGGAACUAGGAUAACAUCAUAUCUGAUUUGCUUUUUUUUUUUUUAAUGGUCAAAUUGUUUUCAGUGCCAAAUUGAUUCUUAAGCUUUUUGCGAUGUUUAGUGUUAAGAAUUUCCCACCUUUUUGAUACAGAAAUGUUAAAGUUACAUGACUUUGUGUUCCAGUUUGUGUACCAUUCAGCCAGAGGGAGGUGUACAGAUGUUAUAUGGAAGGGAUGCUUUUACAAUAUGUGUUUGAGAUGCAUUUGAAUGUGGUUGAUAUCUUUGAGGCUUUGGAUUUUCUCCUUUUAAUUGAAUUUAAAAUACAGCAAUAUAUAUUUUUGGUAUCUGCGCACAUAGACUGCUGGACAACUACAGUAUGUAUUCCUUUUUGUUAGCAUUUGAACAUUGAUUUUGAACAAUCAGGUUAACAUGUCUCAUCACAUUUUUUAUACAUUAUCUGGAUACUGUACUUUGAUACCAAUAGGUGUGUUUUAUGUUUUCAGUUCAUCAUCACCGGUCACAUUGCAACUGCAGGGCAGUUCAAAGAGCAUCUAAUUUAUUUUACUCCCCAGAGAAAUAGAGGAGAGUACUUGAAUAUUGACAAGGUGUCCAACCACGGAGACGGACACUGUGCACAGAAUUUAGAAAUGCAACAGCUAGCCAGUUAAAAUCAUACAAGGCUUACCAGCGUUUUACAACCCCUUUGUGAACUCGUCAAAGUUAAUUUGUUCAUGUUUCGCUUUUUAAAAGUGUCAUUAUUGGCAUGCAUUACGCACUUUUGCUCGUUGUUAGCAGGUGAAAAAGCGUCGCUAGCAAGUGUACAUGUUAGCAUUGCUACAUGCUAAAUUGGGCCCUAAAUGAAUCCAUAAAAUGUUGACGUUAGUGUCUGGAAAAGAAGUUGAAAAAUGCUGGUAUUCCUUCUACAUCCAGGGCCUUCUGGAGGUUUCUCUUUGUUCAUUUGUUUAUACUUUUUUUUUGUAUGUACUUCAUUCAGUAUUGUUGCAUACCGUUGUGUUUCUACAUGCAUUCAUUAGCGCUCUAAGUGCCUUAAAAUUGAGCAACAAAAAAAAAAGGUGCGUUUGCUUCAUUAAAGUGUCCAACCUUCCACGUUAACGUUUUACAAUUAACUUCAUUUGACUUGUUAACCAAUAUAGCUCAGGUUAGUUAGGAGUUGCUACGAACAAAUCAAAUGGAUUGUGAUGCCUUGGAAUGUUUGCCCUAAUCCACCUGUCUCAAAUGAUUUCCAAUUUCCAAUAAUGCUCAUUAAAUGGUCGUUUUCAGCCGUUUUUCCCUAUUUUUAUAGUUCCUUCAGCUGGGAAAAUGGGUUAAUCGCACCUCCAUGAGUGUGUUGGUUCAAUUUGUAAACACUUUGUGUAUGAUUAACACUCUUUGGUAAGGAAAAAUAACCUUAAAAAGUACAUUUGUUACCAAACUUAACAAAUGUACGUACUGUAAAGUAACUUCAGUCAAAGUGUUGAUGUAAAGACGGUUAACAACCCAUUGAGCCAAAUAGGGCCUGAUAAGGGCAAUUUAAUCAGCUGAUAGCAUCCAAAGCGGGUGGACAAGCAAAUAUGAUAUGGAUAAAAUCAAUCCUGGUCUUCUAGUAACAUCUACCACCGGGACUUUAUUUCCCAAAACCCUUUUCUGUCCUGAUCAGAGUAUGUGAAUAUGGCUGGUAGAUAUUCAACUUAUUAAUGCACUUAAGAGGUGGAUUAAGGUUUAAAGGAAAUGCUGUUAAGAGGUUUUUCACAUUUCUACAAUGUGCUAAUUCAUUUCACCUCUGUUGACACUCCAGAAAGAAUGUAUAAAUGCAGCAUUGAUGCCGGAUCGGAGCUCAAUGUCUUCCCUCAUAAAGAGGAGAUACAUCAUGUUAAUCAGUGGGUUUUUACACGUAUAAGCAGCAGUGCUGAAGCUGAUAUGAAAGACAUGUAUGAUUUUGUCUCAUUGAUUCACAUGACUUUUCUAAACAGUAUCAAUAAAGGUUGAAUCCCAAGCUUC